AUGUCUGUCGUUCAAUCAAUCAAGGGUAAAGAUCAACUUCUUCUCGACGGUUCUCGAUAUCGUCGAGAUAGAUUAGUUUGGCGUUCACCAGAUCCAAAUGAAAUUGAAAAAGCUGUAUAUGAUCAUGAAAUUAGAAAAAAGGCUGAACAAUCUCAUGAUCCACCAAGAUUAAUAAUACAAGAUGCAAGACUCCAAUUAUCUUCAGAUGCUGCUGCUAUUAUUCCACAAUAUAUAGCAUCGCAACGUACAAUCCAACGUAUUCGAAAGGAUAAAGAUAUUCCAACUGAACCAAAAACAUUUGCUGAUAUUGUUAUUCCAUCAAAGUUCCAAUGUACUUCUGCGAACCAACAAUUUUUAUUAUAUGAUAAUAAUGACCACCAUAAUCGAUUAUUAAUAUUUGCCAGUAAAGAACAAUUAGAUAUUCUCAAUGGCUGCGAAAGUUGGCAUUGUGACGGCACGUUUGCUGUAGCUCCUAAAUUAUUUGAACAAAUGUAUUCUAUUCAUGGAUUAUUUCGUGGAAAAACAUUACCAUUAGUUUAUGCUCUUUUACCAAACAAAAAUCAAGGAACUUAUGAAGAAUAUUUUCGAGUCGUUGCUCAACAUGUACAACACAAACCCAAAUUUAUAACAAUAGACUUCGAAAAAGCAGCAGAAAAUGCUUUUGCUAUUGUAUUUCCUCAAUGUGAAAUAUUUGGUUGUUUUUUUCAUUUUAAACAAUGUAUUUGGAGAAAUAUUUGUGAAUUAGGUUUAAAAAAACAAUUUCUAGAAAAUGAUGAUAGUCGUCACACAAUGAAGAAUUUAGCUGCAUUAGCUUUUAUUCCAGAAAGAAAUGUUAUUGAAGAGUUCAAUCAAAUAAAAGAAAACACACCUGAAGUAUUAGAUGGUAAGCAGAAGAAAAUAUUUGAUUAUAUACAUAUAUACUUCAUCUGA